CUGUACCCACACGACUCGAGUGAUGAGUGGAUUUAGAAAGCGCUGCUUACUUUUGUAGCCGGAUGAGGCUUCAUCUCGCAAGCCCUUGUGCACUCAUGAUGCACUACUCCAACUGGCUGAUCGGCGUUAAAAACAGGGCAAACAUUCGCAAUGCGUGCAAGACGACGGCGAACGACGACCGGAGCAACCGCAGCCACGAGCCCGGCGACAAGACGGGGGAGCUUGCGGUCACCGCCCACCUCUGGAAAAAGGGCUACAAAAUAAUCAAGAAAAUUGGCGAGGGCUCAUUCUCCGUGGUGGUCAAAACUCAGAGUCUGAAGGACGGCAAGACGUACGCAUGCAAGACUAUGAAGCAGACCAUGAACAGUGUGGAACAGGCCAACAACCUGCGGGAGGUUCAGGCGAUGAGGAGGCUCAGCCCACAUGCGAAUAUCAUCCACCUGCAUGAACUCAUUUUCGACAAGGAAACGGGCACGGUUUCGAUGAUCUGUGAGCUGAUGGAGAUGAAUUUGUACGAGUUUAUUAGAGAGAGACAGACGCCGCCGCCUGAUCACACGGUCCGAUACUACAUGUACCAGUUGUGCAAGUCACUCGACCACAUACACAGCUGCGGUAUCUUCCAUAGAGACGUGAAGCCGGAAAACAUUCUUAUCAAACAAAACGUUCUGAAGCUGGGUGACUUCGGCUCGUGCAGGAGCGUGCACUCCAAGCCGCCACACACAGAGUACAUCUCCACGCGCUGGUACCGGGCCCCCGAGUGCCUCCUGACCGACGGCUACUACAGCCUGACGAUGGACAUCUGGAGCGCCGGCUGUGUCUUCUUUGAGAUUAUGAACUUGAAUCCUCUCUUCCCCGGUGCCAACGGGCUGGACCAGAUCGCCAAGAUCCACGAUGUGCUGGGCACUCCCGAACAAAGCGUCCUGCGCAAAUUCAAGCAGUCUCGAGCGAUGCACUUCAACUUCCCCGCCAAGAAGGGCAGCGGGAUCUCGCGUCUGCUGCCCAACUGCGCCACUCCUGCUGUGUCACUGCUCUACCAGAUGCUGGCUUACGACGCCGACGAACGCAUCACGGCCGCCACGGCCUUGAGGCACACCUACUUUCGGGAGCUACGGGUGGCAGAGAAGAAAUGUGAACGUCUUCCUGGAAUUUGUGGGCUGUUUAAAGGCGUGGAAAAAAACACACCUCGCAUCACCUCAGACCUCCUGUGGCGACCCACGAGACUCAGCAGACAAAUGAGGGGGAGACACACACACACCAUGCCCACCCAUUUAAUUACUCAUAACCCGAAGCACGUAGCCGAGCCCCUGGGCCGACGCAACGCCGGCCAUUACGAGCUUCCCAAACUCAACGUGGCCAACCCGGGGCCGCAGCGCUCCUUCCCGGGCUCCACGCCACGCGCCUUCACCCUCACCCGCCGGGGCACCUUGCCGGCCAUAGUCACUAAAAAGUGCUAGUCACACUUGGCCAAGGCCAACCACGAGUCACAGCCAGCGGGCCUGAACACGUGCUUCACGUCUCCACUGGACAGGAGGCUACUGACGACACACACAAACGCGUAUUAUUCUUAUUAUUAAGCGUAAUAAAGCCGUUUAACCAGUAGCCCAUUAUUAUUAUUAUGUCCAGUAUUGUGAUGCAAUAGAAAUUUUGUUUGUACACAGACAAAUGGUGCAAUUAUGAUUUAUG